AUUCGAAGUUACUGCUCGAUCAAUCAAACAAUUUCUAUCUUAACUAGGUCUGAUUGGUUCGCGUCUAUUCUCAAUUGCGAUGUAGCUUGAUACAGCCUUAAGGCUUAAAGAGUCCCUAGCUUUCCACCCUGUCAAAUUAAAAUAAACAUAGCAGUCGGCCAUCUUGGUUUAUUCCACAAGGUUGUCGACAUAAUCGGGCAGUGGCUGUCGGCAGAUCGCGAUGUGGGAGGACGGAUUGCAAAGCGGUGAUCGAUAGGCGUGUGGAUCGCGGAUUGAGAUCAGCGUGUCGCCAAUUCACUACCGCCGACAUGGUGAACGUGAUCGUGCAUUAACAACAACACAGGUGCGCCUGAACGAACUUGGUCAUCGCGUCGCGGUCAUCACACCGUGAGAACGCGACGCGAAUCGUAAACCGCCGAAGCCGCGUCGAACGUCACCGAGCACGGUCGAACGGAGCCGAACGUGUCCGAGCGCGGCGAAAGUCUGCAGCUCGCCCGACCGAGGGAUGCUCGCGCGCACAUGGUGACAUCGUCUUCCGGGUCAGUCCGAAAGUAAUUUUGAUGUGAAAGGAAGUGCGCCGCGGUAGACGAGCUCGUAAUUUUCAGACGACACCGAUUAGCUUGGCUUUCUCAAGAAAGCCGGUGGGAUCGUUAAAACAGCGUUUCCGUGGGUAGUUCAUGGGGUGUAAUGGCGAUUGGGAAGGUGUUUUGUUUAAUGAUGCUGUAGGAUUGAUUGCUGCAAUGAAAUAUGUUAAAUGUAUACAAAUGACAAUGGGCUGAAAUAUCUGAAUGAUCAGCAUCUACAUAUAACUGUUACAUACUUUUUUUCAAUCACAGCUUGUGCUAGACAUGGCAACGGUAGAAGAGAAAAAACGAGUAGGUGGUUCCAAGGUGUCAGCCAUUGCGAACAUUUUCCAAUCCAAGCCGCAGUUAGAUAAUCUGGGCCAUAGGACAAAUAAUAUCCUAUCAGAUAGUUUCAAGGAACCAGCUGUUCCAUUGAAGGAAUCUCCUACGCAGGUGACGGUAGUCAGAACUGAAAGUCAUGUGGCACGCUUCAACAAUGCGCGCGCUCUCUUUGAGAAGCUUGGUGAAGAAAAUAAAUCGAACAGACCCGUGGAACGAGUCACGAAACCGAACAAUUUGCACGGUCUUCGAUCUCGCUCCAGCUCAGCAAACUCAGGUUCUGGCUGCACCUCUCCAGCGAGAUCACCGCGUCCGCGCUCGCCGUCUCCACCGGGCAGUCGCGAACACUUAAGCACGUGGAGCGCCAGCGUGCCAGCUUUAAACACAGAACGGCACUUCGAAAAUGGUCAUUGCAACAUGCCGGAUCAGCGGCGCGCUGCGGUCACUGGAUUAAUAAGCGGUAAGAUCGAACGAACAUUGGGCAAGGAAAAUGAUCGUCCCGAGCGACCUGAGAAACCGGAGCGUCGACCGAAUUCGAAGGAGCUGAUUGAGAAGCAGCGCAACUGGACCAGCCACUUCUCUAAAACUAGACCGAGCCGUUACAACUCCGACCCGAAUCGCUCGCUAGUGCAGACAUCUCUCAACUCACAGAAUGCAACUCAUAAUGCGACCCAACAGCAACAAUCGUCUGUCGACACUGUGCACCAGAGCUCGAGUGCGACAAGUGCGGCCAAUGAUAUCGUUAGUCCGGCUAGAUCGGCGAGUUUUUGUUCUGCACGAUCGCCUCCACCGCCGUUGCCACCUGUUAGAAAUUCAUCGGCGGUCGGUAGGAGAGAACGACCGGCUAGUAUCGCUGCGCUCAGUCCAUCAGACCUACCGGAGAGUCCAGAAUAUGCAACGAUAGAGAAAUUCGACGACAUCUCGCCGACGAUUCCGGAAUAUGCUGUCGUACAAAAAACGAAGAAGUUGCAAGAGGGUCCAAAAGAAAGCCAAAAUGAUAGUGGUUCCGAGAAGAUUCAGGAUGCCGCUAUGCCAGAGUACGCUGUGGUACAAAAAAACAACUCGAAGUCCGUCUCCAGAUCGGCUGACGGUCAGAAAGAAGUUUCCAAGACCGUGCAGAAUUUCAAAACCUCGCUAGCUACGGAAGUAGCUCCAGCGUGCAAACCUAUAGUUUCGAGGUCGUCGGAGAGCUCGAAAGAUGUAUCGAAGGUAUCUACUGCACAGAACUCAAAAAGUUCAACGACUGCAGAAAUAGCUCCAACAUGCAAGAAUACAUUUCCGAAAUCAGCAGACGUUUCUAAAGAUAUUUUAAAAGGCUCCGCAACUGUGGAGGAAACGGCAAGUUUGAAGACUAUAAUUUCCAGGCCAAUGGAAAGCCCAAAAGAGACUGUAGACUACUCGAUGGAAAUUUCGAGAAGUCCAAUAGCCACGGAGAUGGUCGCAGAGACAAAAAUUGCGAUCACGAAAGAAUACAAUGACCUGCCGGAGCAAACGAAAACAUCGUUAAUGCUCCACUACGAGCUUUCUAGUCCGAUUCGAAGUAGCACUUCGAUGGACAGUGCCCAGUUAACAAGGAGGGAGAGCGACCUAUUGGAAGCACCGGAGUACCUGAAUUGCCCUCCGAGUCCUAUUCACUCACCAGCGAAAACAUCCGAGUGGCGGAACGAGUGGCUGGCGAAAAACGACGAGAUCUUGAAAAGAACCGUGGACAUAAGGGAUCUAAAGGCUUCUUCGAGGGAAGCGUUGGAAGCGGAAAUGAUACGCGGCGAGGUGAUGACGAGGCCAGAUCCUAGACCCGACUGGGCCAGGCCUAGCGCAAACGCAAAGAGGAAAGAAACGACAAGCGACGACAAGAAGACCGAGGUGAUACGUUCACCGGAAUCCGAACUAGGCUUGCCCUCCUCUGUAGGCACCGACAGUGCUUCGUCUAGCAUGAGUUCGCCCAGUUCACCCUCCAAAGAUAGCAAGGAAGAGAAAGCGGAGAAGGAGAUGUCGGAAAAGCAUCAAACAGGUCGUAACAGCUAUGACUUGGAAACGGAGGAUCAAGAAAAACCAGCGACGUAUCAGAGCUGCACCUCAGAAAUGGAUAGUCUCUCGGAGAAGGAUCAAUUCAAAUUCAAUGAAACGGAUACAACCACAGUCAUUCGACGUUCUCACGUGCGCCUUGAUCUUCAGGCUGCGGGUCUGGGCCCACGUCCACCUUCUGUCAUUAGUUCCGAUCAGGAAUAUCCUCCACUGGAACAUAAGGAUAUCCCAGUACCUUCACCGUACGCGAAAAAAGUACAAAGUGAAGACGCUGUUUCACCAAGUAACGCCGAGUGCAAAACUCCAACGAAAGUACCGAGCACGGAGCAAGCAAAACAUCAUAGCAGCAACGCUGUGGAAACAAUAAAAAUCAAUUCCGUACCUGUUACGGAAGCAAUAUCAGAGGCAAAAGUGAAACCUAUCGGCGACGGAAUAUGCCAGAAGACAAUGUCUAACGCGAAGAACGAUCAAAUCAAAAUAAGCGUUAGAGAAAAAAUCGCGAAAAAUAGAGAAGAAGUAUCUGACAAGCGUUCUAGCUUUGUCGAAGCGGAAAACAAAAUUGAUAAUGUGGAAAAGAUGACUCACGGCAGUACGAACCGUGGUCAAGAAACGAAUGAUUUAGGAUUUACUGCGAAAGAAAGCAAAGACGAGGAGAAAUACUCGACGGAAGUGUCCAAGUCCGAAAUCAAUAGCAAUAGGAAAGAAUGCAUCGCAGUGGUGAACAGUGUUCUGUUGAGCAAGAAGGAAAGCGUUGAGCAGCCGCAGACUACAUGGGAGCAGGAAAAGCAGAAAGCCGAGCUGGCAAAACUUAGGCUGUCGGAGAAUUACAUUCAGCCAUCAUCCCCGUUGCCAACGUCUAAUAUACUUUCACAAAGGCAAUCCUGCAGAAAAUCUAAUGAGUACUUCGCGUCAGAGAGUAGUUUGAUCGAGGACAGCGACUCGAGCGACACGAAGACCGUUGUCAAUUCGACGGAAUAUGCGGCAACAGAAGCACAAAAUAAUUCCGCUGCGUUGGAAACUCCUUCGAAGGCUAACGCCAAUCAUAUUACUCCUGUGACACCUGAUACUAUGACUCCGGAUGAGGCUGAGAAUUUGUUGAGUUCUCGUAUCCUGGAGAAGAAGAUCAGACAAGGUUCGGCGCUGCUAUCGGAUGAGGAAGCGCAAGAGAUAGCAAGGCUGUUGUCUCCUACCGGUGCAGAUGAUGCAGUAGGUGAUGGGGUUUCUAAUGACAAGGAUAAGGAAGGACAGGACAGGGAUAGAGACGACCAGGACAACACACCCGACUGGCUGUCCGAUGUCCUGUCUGCUCCUGAUUCCAGUCUUAUCAAUAGCGCCACUCACGAUUAUAGUCUAACUCAUAGAUCCCGUAGUGACCUGACAAUAGAUUCGUUGACGGAGAGUCAAGUGGGAUCAGUGACAGGAAGUGAGAGUGGACUGCUAGGUUCUGUAAGCAGCUUGAACGACACUCACGAAACUAACGAUGACACUGAAACUGAGCAUCAAGACGAUUACAUUCCGACUCCAGGAAAAAUUGUUCUUGUGGAGAAUGGCGUACAUUAUUUCGAAGAUGGCCAUUUUUGGAUGGAAGUUGCUGGUAUUCCGGAAUCGGACGAUGAUGACGAGGAUUAUCCGUGCAGCGUAUCUGUCAAGAAAACGUCUAAGGUAUCUUUCGAUACGGGUCCUAUGCGCGUUUACUCCACACAUUCCGUUAACGAAUAUGAUCGCCGCAACGAAGACGUAGAUCCGGUGGCGGCAAGCGCUGAGUAUGAAUUGGAAAAGCGCGUCGAGAAGAUGGAGGUAUUCCCAGUGGAGUUAAUGAAAGGGCCGGAGGGAUUGGGCCUUAGCAUAAUCGGGAUGGGCGUAGGUGCAGACGCAGGCUUAGAGAAGCUAGGUAUCUUCGUGAAGACUAUCACUGAAAAAGGUGCAGCUGCGCGUGAAGGUCGUAUUCAGGUGAAUGACCAAAUUGUCGAGGUAGAUGGCAAGAGCUUAGUCGGUGUAACACAAGCGUACGCCGCUAGCGUGUUGAGAAAUACUUCCGGACUAGUACGAUUUGUCAUCGGUAGAGAAAAGGAUCCCAAGAAUUCGGAAGUGGCGAUGCUAAUCAAGCAAAGUCUUCAAGCGGAUAGGGAACGGGAACAGGCAAAUGCUGCUAAGAAAUUGAACUUCUCUGAUGCUUCCCCCGACGGUCAACGAGGAAGCGAGGAUAUUUCUAUUGGUAGCGGGAUGAGCGGAAUUCCUGGUUCACCGGUGCUGUCGUCCUGUUCGGAAGGAGAACCGCCUCACAGUCCAAUCGAAAAUUAUCUAUCGCCUUCUAGUCGCAGUCGAUCUCCGAUACUCAGCUCGUCUCUGCCUCCGCACACUACCACCACACAAAAUGAUGUUGACAGUCUGAGAUUACUCCUGCAGGAGAGUCAAUAUAAACUUGCAAUAGCGGACGAGGAAGUUGAAAAUCUCAAAGCAAAGCUAGUGGAGUUGGAAAACAGCGGUGCAGGCAGUGAAGAGUAUGCAGCAAAAUUACGAGAAUCAGGAUUACGUCUUCACGAGUCGGAGAGAGCCUUGGGUACUGCGCGCCAAGAUUUGUCGACGACAAGGGAAAUGUUGUCUCAGGCAACAGCACAAAAUGCAGCUCUACAGCAGAAAUAUGCCAGAGCAAGAAGGGCUGCCAGAGAAUUGCGAACGGAUAUCGCAGCCAGAGAUGAGUUCUAUCAACAAUUGUUGCAAGAAAAGGAUACGGAAUAUAAUGCAUUGGUGAAAAGUCUGAAAGACAGAGUAAUCACAUUGGAAGUGGAGCUGACUGAAACUCAGAGGCGGUUUGGUUUGCCAGUACGAUUGCCCUAUGAUAAUACCACUGCCAGAAUAGUGACGCCACAACUUUCUCGCAGACAACUACCACCGCCACCCUCGUCGACUAGUUGUCAGCUUUCAGACACAGAGACUUCUGAUCUCAGCAGCCCGGACGAUGGUGAUAAAACCGCAACAGUGGAGAGAAAGCUGCCUUUACCGUUGCCAGUGAAAGAAGAAUUGGAUCGUGCAGUGCCGGCACAUCGUUUACUGGAUAAUUCUGCUGGCAAGAGCAAGGCAGAACUUGCUAGUAGGGGUGGCUUGGCUAAUCGUCAGCUACCUAAGCGAUCUGGAGGUCUCAGCAAUAGUAGUUCGGAUUAUGGAUUAGACGAGUCGGGUGACAACACAGACGACGAUUCCUCUUCGAAACUUACUUCGCAGGAUAAUAGCAGCAGAUCGCCAAACGAUUUGACGUCCAAGCAGUCGAACUUGAGUUCCUAUUCUAGUACUUCAUCUAUCAGCUCGCUAAAGGGAAAGCACAUAGAUCCCAUACAUUCUACAGCGAUUCGACAGCACAGCACCAUCAGCUCGCAAGUCAGAGCAAUGACUGAGCAGAGCUGGCCUCAAUCACAAAAGACUUUAACCGGGCCCCCCGCAUCAUUGGCAGAACAGCUAAAGCAAGUUUUGGCCGAAAGAGAAAAGCGGCUUGGCGGGAAUGACUCUUCGAGAGAAAGCUCCGGUGAUUUCAGUGAUCUCAACAAUCCUCAUAAUAAUGAUCCAACUAUAGUCACACAUCAUCUUGUAGAGGAGAUACGACAAGCUGUUAACGAGGCUAAUCAAAGAGCUAAACUUGUGCUUUCAGUGAAGAAAGUGUCGAUUCCUCCGUCAAAUUUAAUUGGAAGUGGGGGAGCUCCUUGGCACCACCCAGGAAGUUCUCCUUCGAGUUUAUCCUCUGGCGGCUCCGUGAGUCCUCCUGCCGUUGAUCCUAGUCCUUCGAAAGCUGGCAGCAUUGCAGAUUCGAGUGCAGUUUGGUUGCCCGCUCAACUGAGCGACUUUGGUUUAGGUGACAAGAAAUCCCACUUUUGGCAGAACGCGCCGGUCACGGAUUGGUCCAAAGAACAAGUUUGUCAAUGGCUGACGGGAAUCGGUUUGGAACGCUAUUCUCCACAAUUUUUAGAUAGUGGCAUCAACGGAAGCAACUUGUUGCGUUUGGAAUCGAGAGAGUUGAAAGCUCUAGGGAUCUAUGGUGAAGCUAAAGCCCAUUUAAAACGCAAGCUGAAAGAGUUGAGAGCUCAGGCUGAUCGUGAGCGCAAAGAGCGCAAGGAAAUCGAACGAAUGCGACGAAAAGCAGAAAAAGCUGCACGGAAAAAAUAGCUUGCAAAUAAAAUGGACUCAUAUUAACUAGAUAUUCGAUAGAAUAUUAUGAAACCUAUGAGCGAAAGGUAUAUAAGGUGUCUCAAAAGAGGUGAAUGAGAAAAAUGGGGAACCUAUCGAAAUUUUUAUUAAAAAAUAAUAUUUUUAUUGGAAAGAAAUUAGGUAACGAAUUUCCUGUGGA